GAAAAGGAAGUCUGUGGUGAAAUCUUCCCUGUGUGAAGAUACGUUUUGGGCUAAGUUACUGAUGGGUGUCAUCCCCUCCCCACUUUCACAGAAUUCCAACACCCCCAAUGAAAACGCCCUGCAAAUCCGUGGUUGCAGCUAACUGUUGAGUACCCAGAGUUUAUAGAAUGAAAAUAUUUUUACGGCAUAUACUGGCAUGAAUAUGUGGACAAUGGGGGUACAUAAUUUGAUGCUCAAACACCUUACGCUGUCAUUAGGAGCUAUUGUCUGGGAAGCACCAGUUUCUUGAGGAGGAAUUUACAUAAAAGAUGAAUAUGAGUACGGGAACUUAUUUGUUCAAUGGAACCGGCUCCCGUGGUAUAGUGGUUAGGAUGAUCGCUUUCCACGCCGAGACUGGGAGGUGACGCAGGUCCGAAUCCCUGCACUGUCUGAGGUUUUCCAUGGGCUUUCCGGCAGAUUUUCCAGAUGAAUGUUGGCACAGUUCCCCCUGAAGUCAGCCCAGGAUGCAUUCUAACCCCCCUGUCCCCCACUCCUUCCUGCUAUCCUCUCUCCACCUGUACGGCGCUCACAGCCGCAGUUGCUUUGCGGUGCUAACACUGAAUUUAAAAAAACAAAAAAUUGUUCAAUGUCCAGAAUUGCUGUGCUAUUUAAAUUUACCAGUGCCUCAAAACUUCAGCACAGGCUAUGGGUUUAUUGUCUAGACCCUGGAGCAAAAAAACGUAAAAGGAAUUCAACACAGACAAGAGUGGCUUCGUCACUGUAAAACCUCAAAGAACAGGUUAGAAUGAUGCAAGCCAGCUGGUGUACUGCAGAAAGAGGUAACAUUUCCCCCGAGUUUAAGUCCUCGCCGUUUUGUAUAUGCAUUCCUCAGACUCAAUGUUACCUCUUUCUCUGAUGCCUCACUUGGAUCUGGUGAUGAAAUUUGAUGCAGGCUUCACUGCAACUCCACAAAAAUCUGUGCGGGGCACCUUCUUUCUCACUUUCCGGACUUUGGACGACAGGACUUUGCCGACUACGCGAAGUAUGCAAAGGCACUGUUGCUGUAUUGCUUCCCUUAGUUUUCCUACCCAACAGAGCAUACUGUGAACACAAAUUAAGCAGCUUAUUUCAGAAAAACUCAACUUACCGAAACUCUGUUUAGUUAACAUUAAUGGAGAUUUGCAAAACAACAUGAACUACGUGCCCAACAGCAGCCUCUAUGGACGGAGAAGAGGAAAAUCUGUGAUGAGGGGCCAAACCGCAGUGCAGGCAAAGUGCCAAUCACGUUAAUCAACUUCCUAAUACGUACUAAAAACUGUCAGGAUCAAUACAUAAUUCCUCCACGCUAUGGCUGCCGGAGCCGAUAUCAGGACUCCUAGCUGAAAAGGAAUCUGUCCACUGUAACAUAUUGGCAAUCUUACACUCGAGCUGAUAAGCUCGAACAAAAUUAAGUUCAGUAUUUCACAUGCAAGAUGUCCUAGACCUGCAUUUAAUGAAACAAUAGAAAUCCGACCCGACACGUGUCACGGCUUCACAUACCUGUACAGGGCAGCAUCUCAGCAGAGCCUAACGCAUUGUGUGCAAAGGGAACUGCAUAGAAAGGUCACAGCGUCACCGAGAAAUUGAGGAAAGCUACAAUAUUUAAUCCUGCUCAAAGCAAUACAGGAGGGAUGUGGCUGUGGUGACCUGAAAAGUGGACGAGGUGGUGCUUUGUGACAAUUGUCUUAAAAUUUCUGCUGGUGCCGAGCGAUUCUGUCUUGAAGUACUUCACCAGUGGAUACAUCAGAAAGCAACAAUGAGGCGGAGUAUGAUCCUGUCCCAAAUGAUGUCGGGCACCCGGCGAGACAGCCUGGUGCCCGAGGGCUACCUCACCACUCGGCGCGACAGCGGCGCCCUCCCCGAACACUUCCUGUCCGUACGACGGGACAGCUACGCUCUCCCCGAAAACUUCCUCGGCACGCGCAGGGAGUCCCUCAUCCCCACCCGCAGGGACAGCUACAUUCCCCCCGAAAUCUUUCUCGGUCGCAGGGUCAGCCUCUUCCCGACCGAGAGCGGCGGACGUCGCUUCAGCAUGGCGUCCAACCAGGCCUCGAAGAAGGCAGAGAGCGUGGCACAGUCGUCCGAGGCCCCGAGCGCUGCUGGCAGUUACUCGAGCUUUCGAGAUGUCGUCAAGGAUAGGAUACUUGAGGACAAGGACAAAGACGUCAAUCUGCUGGGGGAGCCAAGGGUCAUAUUUGAAACAGCAAGCGGAAAAGCUGGGAUCGAUUUGGAAGCAAAGGAAACGUUGGCCGAGAUGAGGGUUGGAGAGGAUGCGCCCAUUUUGGAGAGGGAUCUUAUCAUAGCCACAGCUUUAGUAAGGGAUGCCAUGGAAAGCUAUCACUCAGACUUUGAGAUGACGGAGAAGGCUGUCAGAACGUACAUGGUAUACCACCACUGGGUGCUGAAGUUCAUGUUGUAUGUCUUCAUCCUUACUCAUCAUUUGCUGACAUUAUUUGAGCGUCCAGCAGUCGGCAACUGGGAACUUCCGCUCUGGGGAACAUUGAUGAUUGAAUCGUGCUGUCUAGCAUUCUACAUAUUUCGCUUGGUUCAAGCCUCAAGUUUCAGCCGUGUCGAAGUGUUCUGGCGGGACCCUAAGAACAUAGUGGUCAUGACUGUGGUUGGGGCUACUAUUAUAGACAUGAUAAUAUUUGUGUCAAUGUCGGCAACGGGCUUCGACCACAUGGCCCUUCGUUGCACUCGACCGUUACGGCCGCUGUUGAUGGUCAACUUUGCUGAAAAUAAACAGGUACGCAGAGCAGUGCGCAACAUCCGGAAUACCCUUAAGGAGAUUAUCUAUGCUCUGAUCCUGCUGUUCAUGAGCAUUGCUUUAUUUGCACUUCUUGCUCUAAAACUCUUCCAAAGAAGAAACCUUCACUAUCCCGACGGCCGUCCAUACUUCAGAGAUUACUUCGACAUAUACUUCAGCCUCUACGUGUUAAUUACUACAGCAAACCACCCAGAUGUAAUGAUGCCGGCUUACAAUGCAAAUUCUCUCUUCGCAAUCUUCUUCGUCAUCUACGUGCUCAUCUGUCUCUAUAUCUUCAUGAACAUCAUCCUUGCUGUCAUCUACUUCAACUACCGUGAAAACCUGAAAAUUGAAGUUCAGAACAUGGUUGCAAUCAAGCGCGACAACCUCUCAAGGGCAUUUGACCUCCUCAAAGUCCGUCAAGGAGACAACUUUGUCAUUACGUACAAUCGUUUUGUCGCCCUCAUCAACAGGAUACCACCAAAGCGUAGUGAGACCACAAAUAAAGUGUUGUGGUUUGUAUUAGAUCAGAAUGGGGACAACAAAGUAGAUUUGCCCGAUUUCAUGCACCUGGCCGACCUGUUGAACGUCCACAUCGUUGAGAUGGAAGAAUCGCUGAACACGUUCCAGAGGUGCAUACCUGCAGUAUACAACAGCCGAGCCUCGAAAAUUGUCAGGAACAUUACAGCACAUAUAUUCUUUCGCUACCUGUUUGACCUGCUCAUCCUGGUGAACGCUAUAGUGAUUGGCCUGGAUAUUCACGAAGCAGAGUGGUUUUUCCUCACAGUCUUCACGCUUGAAAUCCUGCUCAAGAUUUACACCUUCGGAUUCGUCAGAUUUAUAAAGCAAGCAUGGAAUGUAUUUGAUGUCAUAGUCAUUGGCUCUGCGCUGAUCGGAGCGAUCUAUGAGGAGAUAAUUGGAGAUUCAGCAAUCAACAAGAGAGCAACUUUAGACGUCCUGCUUGUGCUCAGAGUUCUCCGACUUGUGAAAUUAAUUCGCAACUUCAAGAAAUUCCGAGGAAUAAUAAACACCAUCACCAAUCUCGGACCCUCCAUCCUAACGUUCGGCGGGGUACUUUUUGCUGUGUACUACGUCUAUGCAGUCAUCGGCAUGGAGCUGUUUCGACAGAAGAUCACGUUCUACGGAGGAUUUAACGCGACUGUCCCUUACUGUGGAAACCCAAAACUCAAGUACUCCGCAUUCUACGCAGCAGGAUACUGCAAGAACAAUUUCAACAACAUAUUCAGCUCUUUCGUUGUACUUUUUGAGCUUAUGGUUGUCAAUCAGUGGCACAUUUUGACAGAGGGCUUUGUCCAUGUCACCAGCAAAGCAGCUAGGUUCUACUUUUUGAUGUUCCACCUCUCUUGUGUGGUUAUUGUCCUGAACAUCUUCACAGCAUUUGUGCUUGAAGCAUUCAUCAUGGAGUAUACCAUAGAUAAGACGAGACUGGAAAGUGCCGUCGAGACAAAGAUCCGUGAUAUGGGACUAAAAUUUGGAAAGAAACCAAGGAAGAAAGAAGCUGAAGGCGAAGCGGAGACGACCAUACCAAACGAUAUAAACGAGUUCAACGUAGACUCCGAUCAUAACACCCUCGAAGAAUCGGGAGAGCAUGGAAACACAGACCGCAAUUCCACACUACCCGAUAUGUCAGCUACUGUAGAUAGCCGAUUCUCCAUACGAAAAAAACGAAGAGUGGAAGAUAUUCUAGUCAUGAUGUUCGAGGACGAACUGGAGGAACUGGAGAUCAUGGCGUUGGCUGCCGCCAACGUGUCCUGCACCUGUCCUUGCACGUGCGGGAAGAAACAAGUAGCGUGAUUGUCACGCAUGCACUUCAAUGCAAUCGACAAACGAACCGCAGUUGUAUAGUGAUAGCAGACGACAGCUCGUCGUAAAGGAAUCAACAUGCCCAAGACGCAGGUGCCCUUCGAGCGGUCUAUGCGUGUGUCGAGAAGUCGGCGUAUUUUUCUUUACCUUAAAGUUGUAAAUAACUUAUAUUUGUUCCGGAGAAUGCACCUCUUUCGAUCAUACUAACAGAUAUAGCUUAUUGCUUCGUAUGCUCUUUAACCUUUUUAUUGAGAUCUGACGUAUAUAUAUGUGUUACGACGUCUAAACCAUGUUGAUGCUGAUUUAUAUACAUAGUUUGUUUGAUGACUACAACUUUGCAAAUUACUUGUGUAUUUGUUAAACUUGCACAUUUAGCGCUUUUUUUUUUUUGUUUCGUUUAUCGGUGCGUCAGUAUCUGUUAAAAACUGCGUAUAUACUGGUUUUAUCUACCGAGAGUGAUGUAUAGUCACUAUAAUAUUGAGGUCGCAUGUUUAUGAGAGAGAGAGAGAGAGGAAGUUUCGCAAAAAUCGUGUAAAAAUGUAUUUAUAGGAGAAUGGUGAUUGUGAUAGGAGCGACAAUAAUUUACUGAAAAUAAAAAAAAAUGCCAUAAGAAGAUAA